UUUGAUCUUCGUUAUGGACUUAUGGAUUAUGCUGUGAAUCUGGACUACUUUCUUGAUUUUUAUGAUUAAAGUACAAGUAUAAUUUGCAGUUCAUAGAGAAAGGGGUCAAUGAAAUGUAUGUCUUCUUUAUAUUCUGGAUUGCAGAUUAUACAUUCGAAGUACCCCAACUCUAAUAUGAUUCCUAAGAUGUAUGAUUCCCCCCAUUGGAGAAGACUUUGCUCUGCUAACAAUUUAGGAACUGAUCUGACCACUUCAGACAUUUCAGGGAAGCUUAUUCGGAUACCUGAGGCCUCAGACCUUCCAACUUUCACUUCCAAACAUAUUUGGAACAAUAGACAACAUUUAUCAAUUAAGUUAUUCCAAUGGAACCUCAUUCACAAAAUUAUUCCUAUCCCAGAAUAUCUCUCCAGAUUUCAAAUUUAUAUUUUCCCUUCCAUCUGCCCGUUUUGUACGCAGAAUUCAGCUUCUGAGAGGCAUAUUUUCCUUAAGUGUUCAAUCAUUGAACCGGUUUGGAGAUAUUUUAUGGUUAUUCUACAAAUACCUUACUCCUUAUUUGAUUGUUCAAUCAGACAUAUUUUUAUAUCUUGGUAGUUAGAAGCUGGGGAAAAGAAUUUGACUCACUUGUUUAAACAUUGCCUUCCGGGGAUUAUUUCUCGGCAUAUAUGGAAAUGCUAUGCUCAGAUGGUCUGGGAUGAUGAGCGUUUUACUGUCUCUUCCAAUUUAAUCAUAAACGGAAUUAAAAACUAUCUCAGAAACUGGUGUUGGAGAUUUAAAACUCAGAAAUGGGCGAAGACCAAUGCUAUUCUUUAUGAAACACUUCUUAUAUAUCCCAAUUUCAAACAAUACUCUCAUCGCUUCAUUCUGGUCAAAUGGAUUAAGCCUACUUUUAAGUAUAAGAUUAAUGUGGAUGCAGCUUUUUUACCUCAAAAAGCAGGAGGAGCUGUAAUGAGAAAUCAAGAAGGCUUGGUCAUCUUAGCAAUUGGUUUCCUCUACUCAACUGAUUCAGUUCUUGGUGCUAUCUCUAAUCUUCAUUCGACUUCUUACACUGGCUCUUGGUCUCAAGACUGGAAAGCAAUGAGACGACUGGCUGACGAAAAGAAUAUCAUCUUCACUCACUGGUCCUAAGGGACACUAGGUUUUAUUUCCGUCUCGUCCAGACUUUGCUCCCACAAGUGACUUAGAUCUGCCGCUGCAACUUCAACCAAUCUCGGCCAGACUCUGCUCCAACAAAUGACUUCUGCCGCUGCAACUGCAACCCAUCUCGGCUCUUCCAACUUUCAAGGUUUCGAAAACCAAGCUUAAAUGUAUCGAGAUCAGUUGUUUGGGAAGAAUGCACAUGGAGAAAUUGAAACAAAAAGAUGAGACUGCUCUUCUCAUUGAAAAGUUGUGUCCAUUUGCUGGAGAAUAGAGAUACGAGAUCCCCAUGGGUUGAAGAAAAUGAUAUAAAGACCCUCUGUUUGCUUAGAUGCUUCGUGAUAUCUUUCAGUGUCCCUUUAGGAGAUGAUUGUUGUGUUUACAGAUUGCUGGAGGAGUGUUUUUAUGACAGCCCCUUUACUUAAUGAAAAACAAGAUGGUGUGUACUAUUCAUGACAAUCAAAUUGGGAUCAACUCAUGUGACAUAACUUUGCCACAAAAAAUGAAUACAGAACAACAUGUAUUGGUUUCUAUGUGAGGAAUAUCCCAUGAAGAACUAAAGUCACAAAACUCUAAGAGGACAUAAGAACAAUGGAAGCAAUGACUGACUUGCUUUGAGAAGUUCAACAUAUCAGAUACUUCAAUGAGGAAGAUGAACUUAUUUAGUCUUUGUAGUUGUAAUCAGAUAUAUGUAGCUUUUGAGACUUGAUGCCUUUCGUUAGUAAUAGUCUUUGUAUUGUUAAAUAGACUUUCUUCGUAAUUGUAUUUUGUACUCGUUAAGUUAAAUAUGCAGCUACAAUUUUAAUUAUUCCGAAUAAAUAAAAUUUGAUCUUCGGAGGAAAUGUACUGUAUUGGAGGUGUGAU